AUGCAACUGUUGAACGAAACGUUACGUUGUCUUCCAAAGAGUGGUGCGACCAAAUCGUAUAUACAAUGUCUGCUGAGCGCAGGCCGGGCGGCUGUCGGACACCAGCAUCGCCACUAUGCCAGCAUCCCUGCCAUUGCCAUGAGCCACGAGCAAUUUGAUGGCCCCACUCCCGAUGCCAGCAGGUCUCCCCUGAUCACCAUGCACGGCUUAUUCGGUUCCAAGCAGAACUGGCGUAGCAUCAGCAGGGCCCUGGCCAAACAGACCAAUCGUCGCGUCUACACAGUGGACUUACGCAAUCAUGGCGACAGUCCGCACACGGACACCCACAACUCGAUUGGGAUGACGGCGGACUUGGCUGCCUUCACGCAGGCGAAAUCCUUGAGCCAGACAUGUGUGAUGGGUCACAGCAUGGGCGGUCGCUCUGCCAUGCACUUCACCUUGUCAUACCCGGAUCUUGUGGAGCGGCUGAUUGUGGUGGAUAUUUCGCCCGUGUACAUACCCGGAACCAUAGAGGAUAUGACGGGUAUUUUCCAGGCCAUGCUGCAGAUCGAUAUGCCACCGGACAUGUCGUUAUCCCAGGGCCGCCAGGCCGCCAAGGAAAAGCUCGGUGAAACCGUGGAUCGAAGUUCGGUUGACUUCAUAUUGCUGAAUCUGCGCAAAAGACCAAAGACUGGCGAAUUCUACUGGGCCUGCAACGUCGAUGUCCUGCUCAACAGUUUGCCCGGCUUCACGCGCUACGGCGAGCACAUUGCCAAUUUGCCGCCCUACACGGGACCCACCACCUUCAUCUGUGGCACCCGCUCACCAUAUAUGGAACGCGAGUCGUGGCCCGAGGUGCUGAAAAUCUUUCCCAAUGCCAGCAUCCACUGGCUGGACACGGGCCAUCUGGUUCAUCUGGAGAAGCCGCAGCAGUUCAUCCAGAUUGUCACCGAAUUCCUCAACGAUCCAUGAGCGAAUUUUCACCCGACUUUACCCACCAAAUUCGACAAUGUAUUUGCACAAAUCAGAGCGAGAUGUGAAAUCAAUUGCCCAAAAGACACGAAAGAAAUAAAGCAACAUGAUUACAUUUUAAAUGUAAAUUUAA